CGAGGAUGUCAAGGAGCAGAUCCAGAAGCUGGCUAAGAAGGGACUCACGCCCUCGCAGAUCGGCGUCAUCCUCCGUGAUAGCCAUGGUGUGGCCCAGGUCCGCUUCGUCACCGGUAACAAGAUCUUGCGUAUCUUAAAGGCCCAGGGUUUGGCGCCCGACAUUCCCGAGGAUAUCUACCAUCUGAUCAAGAAGGCUGUUAGCAUCCGCAAGCAUUUGGAGCGCAACCGCAAGGAUCGCGAUGCCAAAUUCCGCUUGAUUUUGAUUGAGUCCCGUAUUCAUCGAUUGGCCCGUUAUUACAAGACCAAGAACGUGCUUCCGCCCAACUUUAAGUAUGAGGCCAGUACCGCCUCCACGCUGGUGGCUUAAGCCGGUUAUGUCGAGUGUCCGCCUAUCAGCCAAUAAAUGAGGAUCAAUUGAA